AAACAUCGAACAUGUCAUCCUCCAAUUAUGUCACAACGGGCCAGGCACGAAACCUGCGCGCAUGCAUGAUCUGCUCGAUCGUCAUGACCUCCCAGCGCUUCCAAAACGAGGGCUGCCCCAACUGCGAAGAGUUCCUGCACCUACAGCAUUCCCCGGACCAGAUCGAGAGCUGUACAUCCCAAGUCUUCGAGGGUGUCAUCACACUCGCGAACCCAACCAAGUCGUGGAUCGCAAAGUACCAGCGUCUCGAUAGCUAUGUGCCUGGCAUGUAUGCCAUCAAAGUCUCGGGACAACUACCUGAUGAUGUUCGAUCGACGUUGGAGGACGAGUAUAGAAUACAGUACAUUCCACGUGACGGUACAGAGGUGGAGAACGAUGCUUAAGAUACGUGGCGUAGGACCGAUGCGCAACAAUUAAUUCUACUAUUUCUGGCGAAACUGGCGUUGAGGGAAUAGAACAGCAGUGAUUAUGGACAAGAACUUCUCGUUUAAAAAUAUUGUAGUGGUAUCUAUGAUGGACAUU